AUGGACCUGUCAGCGGCGGGUGCCCCUGUGCUGGCCCAAGUCCAGGGUGUGAUGGAAGUCAAGCGACUCAGGGGCGCCGUGCGCGGCCUGGCCCUGCAGCUGCCAACAAGCCUCAACACACCUGAUGCAGUAGCCGGCCUGAGGUCGCUUUCAUUUGUCGAGGAUGUGGAGCGGGAAGGCAUCGUCACGGUGCAGAUUGCUAAUGUGGCUGCGGCUGGCGUGCCGACCACCGCACCCAUUGGGCUCCUGCGCACGGGGCUGGCGCGGCUGGAGGGCAACGACCUCAAAGUGCAGCCCACUGUGACUAAUGCCACAUCUGUGUCUAUUGCCAUCGUCGACACGGGGGUGGACAGCAAGCACCCUGACAUCCUGCUGGCUGGUGGCAAGGACUUCACGCCGGACAAUGACUACGGCCUUGACGGCAACGGGCACGGAACCCAUGUUGCGGGCAUCAUUGGCGCGCUCAACAAUGGUGCUGGAGUUGUCGGUGCUGUGCCUGGCGCCCCCAUAUGGUCCCUCAAGGUGCUGAGCGCAUCCGGCCAGGGCACUACAACAGGCGUCAUUGAUGCCCUCAACUGGGUUGCUGACAACGGCCGUGCCCGCAACAUUCGUGUCGUCAACCUCAGCCUCAGUGGCCCGCGCAGCAAGAUGAUUUGCGAUGCAAUGCGCGAGGUCGUGGCGCAAGGCAUCACUGUCAUCGCCGCAGCCGGAAACAAUGGGAUGGAGAUUUCAUCGGGGUCACCGAGCGACUGCAGCUCUGCCCUGGUCGUCACCGCCAUGGCGGAUUACGACGGCAAGCCUGGCGGCAAGGCGCAGCCACCCAAGUCGCCUGGCGCACCCACCACGCCCGACGACACAGCCGCAUCGUUCAGCAACUACGCGAUGUCCCGCAACGCGCACGUCGUUGCGGCGCCGGGCGUGCACGUGCUGUCGACGGUGCCUGCUGCGCGCUGCGGGCCUCUCAAGUGCACCCAGGCGGGGCCGUACGCCUACCUGUCGGGGACCUCGAUGGCAGCGCCCCUGGUGUCAGGCAUGGCAGCGCUCUGCUACAACAGUGGCGCGUGUGCUGCGAAGCGCAGCAGCUCCGCAGGCGCGCUGUACACCUCGAUCUACAACGCCGCGCGAGCGGACCGCGGAGCCGGGUUUGUGGGUGACCCCAGCACCCCACUGGCGCGCAAGUUCUACGGCUACCUCGCCACCAACACGUUUUAA